CAGAUUCAGUGUGGGUCACGUCAGUUAUCCGAAUCUCGUCAUCAUCAAUUUCUUCGGAAGCGAAGCUCGCCCAGACGACCUUUCGACGUUAAGGACAUUGUUGGAAUGGAAUAUUGCCGGGACCUCAUUAAUAAAGCGCUGAAAAACAAGAAGUAGCCAUGGCCUCAGUGAUAUUACAGGGGCUCGAGAUACAUUUUUACUUGCCAGAGACACACCAGAUCAUUCAUCUCUCAGGAAGUUUCACAGCAGAGGAGCUGUGUGUUGAAGCGGCCAAGAAGUUGGGUAUAUCUCCACUGUGUAGCAGUUUGUUCGCCCUUUAUGAUGAAUUUAGCAAGAUCUGGUAUCCACCCAAUCACUCAUUCACUAUUGAUCAGACUACAAGAUUGAAGCUUUACUAUCGCCUGAGAUUCUAUUUUACAAACUGGCAUGGGACAGCUCCUCUCAAGACAUGUCCUCCGGUGUCCAGACACUGUCUCAAGCGAGGGACGGGGUCUACAGGAACGGCUGUUCUGGAUGUAGUUUCACUUACGUACCUCUACGCACAGAGUCAGUGUGACUUUCAGAGUGAUCUGGCACCACUGCGCAUCGGUCGUAAUGAGAAUGAGGUCCAGCAGAUAGAAAAUGAGUGUUUGGGGAUGGCGGUGAUGGCCAUCUCCCAUGAUGCCAUUGAAAAAAACCUUCCUGUCUGUGAUUUUGAGUACAAGAAUUACAUCCCCAAGGUCCUGUACAAGUCCAUACGUCACAGGAACAUUCUCACACGUAUGCGCAUCGCCAACGUCUUUAAAGUGUUCCUUGAGGAAUUCACCAGGAACACUGUGCAAGGCAACAAGAUCAAAACCCAUGACCUGAAGGUCAAAUAUAUGUCUACUUUAGAGACUCUAACGAAACACUUCGGCCAGGAGGUGUUUGAACCCUCUUCUCUCAUCAUACAUGAGAAUGAGCAAAUGAUCACAGACUCCAGCAGUGCUGCUGGUGUUCAUUACAAGAUCCUGGUGUGUGGCACCUCUGGUAUUCAUUGGUGUAAAGUUCCCAUUGAGGCCAGUUCUGAUGUGUGGACCAGUCAGCAGAGACGUAAAUCAAAGAGAGACAGUAAGAAACUGAGUAAAGUAGCAUCACAUGAUGAAGAAGAGGACAGAUGGACACUCUUUUCAGACUUUAAUGAGAUAACGCAUCUUGUCAUCAAAUACUCCGUGGUUACCAUCCACAAACAGGACAACAAAAACAUGGAACUGAAGCUGGCAUCCCAUGAUGAGGCGCUGUCCUUUGCCAGUCUGGUAGAUGGGUACUUUAGGCUCACCGUAGAUGCGCAUCAUUUCCUCUGCAGGGAUGUGGCUCCCAUCUCACUAGAAAAGAACCUACGAGAGGGCUGCCAUGGUCCAAUCAAUAAUGAAUAUGCCAUCCAUAAACUCAAGCAGGAAGGUUAUGAGGAGGGCAUGUAUCUGCUGCGCUGGAGCACUCACGACUUCGAUCAUGUUCUCCUGACUGUCAUAUGCAACGAGAGGGAUUGUCAUGGUAGCAUCACCAAAACCUUCAAGAACUUCCAGAUUGAGGCAAGCGCACAGGGCUUCCUCUUGACUGGGACAGAUAUUGUGAAGCCCACUCUAAGAGAGCUGACUGACCACCUGUCUGGCCAGAGUCUCACAACAGACCAAACCAGCUUAAGACUUGAGCGUGGCUGUCCACCCCAACCCAAAGAGCAAUCCAACCUUGUCAUGGUGACCAGGAAAGAUUCAGCAUUGCCACAAUCCUCCCUAAAUAAUGCAGUCAUCCAUAAGAUCCUCAGAAAUGACAUUACCCAGGAGAAACACUUGGGCCAAGGCACCUGCACAAACAUAUAUUCUGGGAAGCUGAAUUUGAGAAAUGAGGAUGAUGACGGUUUGGAAGGCCAUGAGGUGGUGGAUGUGGUUCUGAAGAUGCUGGCAGCAGGACACAUUUCUGCCUUCCUGGACACAGUCAGUGUAAUGCAGCAGAUUUCACAUAAAAACAUGGUUCUGAUGUAUGGCGUAUGCAUGCACAGCAUGGACAUCAUUAUGGUGGAGGAGUUUGUUCAGCACGGCCCUCUGGAUCUGUUCAUGAGAAAUCAUCGCUCUGAACUCACGCCCUCCUGGAAGUUCCAAGUGGCAGAGCAACUCUCCAGUGUCCUCAGCUAUUUGGAGGAUAAGAAGCUUGUCCAUGGCUAUGUCUGUGCUAAAAAUGUCCUGUUGAAGUUGGAUGGUCUGGAAGGACAAUGUGGUCCUUUCAUUAAACUGAGUGAUCCUGGACUGUCCAUCACUGUGCUCAGCCAAACAGAGUGUAUUGACAGGAUCCCCUGGAUCGCCCCAGAGUGUGUUAAAAACCCCAAAGCAUUGAGCAUCGCAGCAGACAAAUGGGGGUUUGGGACCACGCUAUGGGAGAUCUGCUACAAUGGCGAGGUGCCUCUGCGUGAAAAGAAACUCUCAGAGAAAGAGCGAUUCUAUGAGGUGUGCGGUACUCUGGUCACACCUAGCAUCAGUGAACUGGCUGAUCUGAUCACACAGUGCAUGAACUAUAACCCCAAGAAGAGACCGUUCUUCAGAGCCAUAGUGAGAGAGCUGGGACGAAUCAAAGAGCAGCACGAGAAAGCGCUUCACCUUAUGGAGGCAAUUCCUCCGCAGGAGACUGAUCCUACAGAUUUCAAGAGAAGAUUUCUCAAGAAAAUCCGAAAACUUGGAGAGGGUAACUUUGGGAUGGUGGAACUGUGUCUGUAUGAUCCUAAGGGAGAUCAGACAGGUGAGCUGGUGGCUGUCAAAUCUCUGAAAACGGAAAAUGAGAGCAGCAACCUGAGGAGAGAAAUCAGCACCAUCAGAAACCUGUACCAUGAAAACAUCGUCAAAUACAAAGGCAUCUGCAAUGACGAAGGAGGAGCGAACAUCAAACUCAUUAUGGAGUACUUGCCCUCUGGCAGUCUGAAAGAAUACCUGCCCCGUAACAAAUCCAAGACCGAUCAGAAGAGACUGCUGCAUUAUGCUCUUCAGAUAUGUCAGGGUAUGGAGUACCUGGGAUCUCAAAACUACAUCCACAGGGAUCUGGCAGCGAGAAACAUCUUGGUGGAGAAUGAAGCACUUGUAAAGAUCGGGGACUUUGGUCUGACUAAGAGCAUCAAAGAUGAUAAGGAAUAUUACAAAGUGACCGAAGAACAGGACAGUCCUGUGUACUGGUAUGCUCCAGAAUGUCUGAUUAAUCGGAAGUUCUACAAGGCAUCUGAUGUUUGGUCAUUUGGGGUCACUCUCUAUGAAAUCAUGACCUACUGUGACCGCGACAACAGCCCCCCACAGGUAUUCCUGAAGACGAUUGGCCGGUCUCAUGGGCAGAUGACCAUGGCCAGGCUGGUAGAAGCUCUUGAGAAAGGCUGGAGGAUGCCAUGUCCAGAUUCGUGCCCUGAAAUGGUGUACACUCAGAUGCACAGGUGCUGGAGUCACGCACCAGAAAACAGAGUGGACUUCAAGGGCCUGAUCAAAGAGUUUGAGUUUCUCCUCACUAGAGAAAACAUCUAGCUUCCAUUCAUCACAUCAGUUUCACCUACAGAAUUCAGAUUCAUUUAGUAUUUGUAUGUAACUUUCUCAUUAUACUUCGAAAAGGAUGCAUGUUACAUUCUCUUUAAAUCUUUGCUAGUUAAUCAUCUACCUCCAAAAACACUCUGUUAAUACAGUGUAUUCUUACUUGGUUAACACACCACUCGCACUUAAGAAGUAUCAAGUACUAAAAAUGUAUCAUUUUUAAAAUCUGAAGCAGCAUCAAAUCUAGGGCCAGAUUUACUAAUACCUUACACCAGUGCAAACCCUCUUUAGGCAU